AUGGUCGCUUGCAAGAAUGGUACACGGCAAGGAGAAAUUGCGAAGUCUGAGAGAAAACAUUUAGCUGAGCAUAUUGUCAUGGAUGUGGAAAACAGUUUGGAUCUUCUCCAAGGGCUUUUGGUCCAUAUCGCUUGGCAUCAUGUUUAUCUCCAAAGUAUGGCGCAAAUAGACAUGCUGGUGCACUUGGCUCUGGGGCAGUUGACCAGCUUGGAAUUGAACCAGCCCCAGAAUUCACGACAACCCAUGAAUUUCCUGAGAGAACUUGGGGCUACCAAUAACCAGACUUCUCGGACUUUAGAAGAGCGACGUACCUAUCUAGGCUGCUUUUAUCUGACUUCACUGUUUUCGACCUGUAUCCGCAGUAUAGAGCCAGUCCGUUGGACCAAGUAUACCGAUGAGUGCUGCCGUGCUGUUGAAGAAGCCUUGGAGUAUAGUAGUGACAAUUCUCUUGUCCAUCUGGUCCGACUGUUCCGUUUUGCAGAUAAAAUUAACAGCACAAUUUUAUCCAAUGAUCUUCCCGGCGGAAGCAUAUCGUUACCAUUGGAAUUGAGUAUUCGAUGGUUUCAGGAAGAGCUUCAAAGUCUGAAAGCCUCCUUUCCUUCAGAAACUCCACAGUCUGCCAUUAUUCAGCUCCACUAUCAUACUGUGGAAAUUCUUCUUUACAGAAUUUCAAUCAUCGGUGAACCAUCCGACACCUAUGGAGAUCACUCUUUGACUCAGUUAGACCUUCUUCUCUCCUGCUUAAAGUCAACAAAGUCCUUUUUCAGCAGUUUCUACUCCCUUCCAGCAGGCCUGUUUCCCAUAUUUCCCUACACCAUUUGGGCCCAAUUUGGCCACGCCAUCGUUGUUCUGUCUCGUCUUUCGCUCUACCGGAGCAAUCAUGGCGGCUGGGAUCAAGAGUAUGUGCGGAAUACCAUCGACUACUAUGGCACUUGCGACGAGCUCGUUAGAAAACUCGAAGAAGCUCAACCACUGUAUGAAAAGGACCAGGGGCAAAACCGACAAGGAAUGUUUGAAGUCUUCAGCAAGGUCUAUAGCCGUGUCAACCUGAUGAAAGACUCUCAUCGUCGAAGACAAGAAGCCGCGCAACCGUCCGCACUACCUCCGGAUCCUGCGCUAGAUCCUCAGUUCUUGCUUUCAAUGUCUCUCGACGAAAUAUUUUCCUUUAGUCAGAUUGGGGAUUUCUUUUUCUAG